AUGGAGAACUGGGUGCCUAACCCUAAUGCUCGGCCAUUUAUACCACGCCGUCGGAUGGCCCGUAAUACCACUGGGCACUAUGUGCGGACGUAUUCAAGAAAGAAAAUACUUGCAAAAAUAUUCCAGGUGAGCCUGGUGAUAGUGCUGUUCAUCACAGUUGUCAUCAACAUCACAUUUCUACUCGACACUGGCAAGAAACAGCAGGAUGACUAUGCUAAACUUUCUGGAGUGAGCACUGAUUUCCGUGAAAAUGCACAGAAGGGAAAGGAGAGGCUUGGGAAGACACUGUCUGUGAUAGUUGUGUCCAGCAAAGAUUCUGUCAGUGUCUCUGUGGAUGGAACAGCUGUUCUGCAUGAUGAAGAAGUUGAUAAAAAUCGUGGCAUUCACAUAAUAGUCUUAAAUCAAGCCACUGCGAGUGUUAUGGCCAAACGUGCAUUUGACACUUACAGUAAACAAGAAGAUGAAGCCAUGGUCCUCUUCCUCAACAUGGUUACCAAUGGUCGAAUAAUCAUUUUUGCUAUUAAAGAUGAAGGUUCAUUCCAAUUAAAGCAAACGGCACGUAAUGUCCUCAAGCAACUGGGUAGUGAGCAAGCAGAAUCCUUGAACUGGAGAGAUAUGUGGGCUUUUAUCACUAUCAAAAAAGGUGAAAAAGUUGCUGAAGCUUAUAGCAAGUCUGCUGACCUGUCCACUUGGGGGGAGAAAGUCACUCUCACUGCAGCCAUACCACUGAUGCCAGCUGAAUUGAGUGAAUGUCAUUGGCCAAGCAGUGAAAUAAAUAACCGAAGAAAGGCCUUCUGUUCCAAAGUAGAAGGUUAUGGCAGUGUGUGCCAAUGUGAUGAUCCUGCCCCUAUUGUGUUUUAUCCACCUCCCCUUCCUGAUAAGAGAAUCUCUCAGGUGCCUGUAGCUGUGAUUGCAAGUGACCGACCUCACUAUUUAUAUAGGAUGCUACAAUCAAUUUUGUCUACACCUGGAUCCAAUCCUGAAAUGAUAACUGUGUUUAUUGAUGGCUACUAUGAGGAACCCUUUGAAGUGACCAAGCUCUUUGGGUUGCAUGGGGUGCAACAUACUCCACUCGGAGUGAAAAAUGCAAGGAUUUCUCAACAUUAUAAAUCCAGUUUGACUGCAACUUUCAAUCGUUUCAAGGAUGCUGAAUAUGCCAUAAUAAUUGAAGAAGACUUGGAUGUUUCUCCGGAUUUCUUCAAUUACUUUAGCCAGACUAUGCACCUAUUGGAUGAAGAUCCUUCUAUUUAUUGCAUCUCUGCUUGGAAUGACCAGGGUUAUGAACAUUCAUGUAAAGAUCCUUCUCUUCUGUAUCGUAUUGAGACUAUGCCAGGACUUGGCUGGAUGAUGAAACAGAAGCUGUAUAAAGAGGAAUUGGAAACGCAAUGGCCAACACCAGAAAAGCAAUGGGACUGGGACAUGUGGAUGAGGGCCAAUUUUAUCCGCAAGGAUCGUGAGUGCAUAAUUCCAGACAUUUCACGCACGUAUCAUUUUGGCUCCAAGGGAAUCAACAUGAACCCAUAUUUCCAGGAAGUUUACUUCAAGAAGCAUUCAUUCAUGACUUUACCUAACGUUCAGCUGAAAGAUGUUGACAAAAUGAAAAAGGACAAUUAUGAAGUUCUGAUAAAGAUGUUGAUUAAAGAUGCCAAAGUUUUAAACCAUACCAGACCACCAUGUGAUGAUGAUUUUAUUCCCAACACCAAGGAUGAUUUAUAUGUUAUGUAUAUAAAUAUGACAUCAGAUAAAGAUUACACAACAUGGAAACAUUUGGCCAAGUGUUUUCAUCUUUGGGACCUGGAUGUUAGAGGAUUUCAUAAGAGCAUGUGGCGUCUGUUCCUGAAAACCAAUCAUAUUCUCAUUAUAGGAACUCCCGCCUCACCUUACUCGGAGUACAAACCUGCGAAUGUCCUGCCUAUUUAUUUAAAUGAGAGUAUCAUUAAACAAUCAUUCCAUGGUUGGGAAGGUAGUUGUUUUGCCUGUUUUUUUCCUUCCUUCAUCUCUUUCCUCCUUCUCUUCUUCUUCUCUUUUCCUUCUCUUCUUCUCUUUUCCUCCUCCUCCUCCUCUCUUUUCCUCCUCCUCCUCUUCUCUUUUCCUCCUCCUCCUCUUCUCUUUUCCUCCUCCUCCUCUUCUCUUUUCCUCCUCCUCCUCCUCUUUUCCUCCUCCUCCUCUUCUCUUUUCCUCCUCCUCCUCUUCUCUUUUCCUCCUCCUCCUCUUCUCUUUUCCUCCUCCUCCUCUUCUCUUUUCCUCCUCCUCCUCUUCUCUUUUCCUCCUCCUCCUCUUCUCUUUUCCUCCUCCUCCUCCUCUUCUCUUUUCCUCCUCCUCCUCCUUUCUCUUUUCCUCCUCCUCCUCCUCUUCUCUUUUCCUCCUCCUCCUCCUCUUCUUUUCUUCCUCCUCCUCUUCUCUUUUCUUCCUCCUCCUCCUCCUCUUCUCUUUUCUUCCUCCUCCUCAUCCUCUUCUCUUUUCUUCCUCCUCCUCCUCUUCUCUUUUCCUCCUCUUCUCUUUUCCUCCUCCACCUCCUCUCCUCCACCUCUUCUCUUUUCCUCCUCCUCCUCUUUCUCUCUUAAUUAUAUUUUAGCAAUGUGUCUUGUCUAUCUCCUUUUCUCUAUUUUUUCAUUCAGUUACUAA